AUGUCGUCAAGGAUCCUCGCCCGCACGCUGCGCGCCAGCACCGCCUCUCCCGUGAUGCUGCGAAGAAGCAUGGCCACGACGCCCCAGCUCAGGCAUAAGGAGACGUCCCAUCACGACGAGGGCCACGGUGAGGACGUCUCCCGCCACAAGGAGGACCUGCUCAACAAGCACAAGAACAACUCGGCCAAAUGGAAGUCGGAGCUGGCCUCCAAUAGCGAGGAAGCUGUCAAGGCUGAUCGCGACGAGCACGGCAGCAUCAAGGACCUGCAAGAGAAGACACAGGGCCGAGCUGGGAAGGACACGAAGGCUUAA